AUGUCGCACCCCAUCUACUCACCACUCAGCACAUAUCACACACGCUGUCCCGUGCUUCACGCGAGGUGUAUCACUGACCACCUACUGGACAAAGCAUUCAGGGAGGACCCGGUAGCGACAGUCCGCCUCAUUUUCCAGACUCGCUCAAUCCAUGAGGGCAAGGGUUUCAAGGAGGGUUUCUGGGUCGCAGCAGGCUGGCUGGCCGAGAAACAUCCUCGAACUCUGCUGGCAAAUCUACACAUCCUCGUCGAUCAGACAUGCAAGCGGGACCGGUCCAAAGCUCGGGACGCACAAAAGGCUGACUUGCCGCCCUCCGGCGUCGCCACUCUCGAUGAGGACGGGGAGGUUGAGCGUAAUCUCGGCGAGUUGCCCGAGUACGCCCCUAGGCCGCACGGGACAUACGACGAUCUCAUCGACCUGCUUGUUCUCGAUAUCAACGGCGAACUGAACGCCAAGCUCAAGGAGGUACCGAGCGCAGUCGACGAGGCGUUCGCACCCACUUCCGCCAAGCAGUCUUUCAAGGCGAAUCGGCUUCAGCGAAAGGCUGGUCAGAGAGGUCAGAUGGACCGCAGGGGAUACGGUACAGUCGCCAAGGCGGCGAGGAAGCAUCCGGAAGCCGCCUUCAAGGUCAAAAUGGCGAGCUGUAGUAACAAGGAGACAAAGCACAAGCUCCUUUUUGAGAGAUUGGAGAAGGCGCUUACGACGGACGUACACUUCCAAGCGCUCUACUGCGUCGUCGUCGACAUCUUCGUCCGUCAGCUCAAGGCCGACCUCGCCCUCCUCGACAAGCACAAGGAGUUCCUCAAGCAACCGGCCGAGGCUCGGAAGCCAUUCCUCGGCCAAUCGUCCCCCUUCCUCUUCAGCAUGACCUACGCCGCCAAGUGGGUCCCUUCCCCCGAGAAGAGCGCGGAUCGGCAGCUCAGCUUCGCCACCGCUCUCGGCAUGCUCCUAUUCCCGGGCGAUGGGGUCCAACUCGGACGCCAGAGGCUGCAGAAGGAGGUGCUCGCUCCUCUCCGCGCUGUGCUCAAGGUGCCGGAGGUCAACAUGGGGAAAGGAGAGUGGAAGAUCGACUACACCAAGGUCCCGUCCCGAGCGAUGGCGCGGUACUCGCACUGGUUCCUCCAGCAUGACCACAAGGGAUUCGAGUCGUACCUCAACAAGGUGGCAACCGGUCGCUUGUCCAUCUCGGGGGCGAGUCUGUUUCCGCACGAGAUCCUAAUGGAUGUGCUCGAGCCUCAAGACGCCAUCCUCGGUCGCAUGGCCGCCCUUCAGUGGGUGAGCCACGUCGACUCGAUCCGAUCCAGCGGCAGCGCCGAGCUCCGCAAUUGCCUCGCAAUCGCGGACGUCUCGGGAUCCAUGGGCUCCUACCUCACCGGCGACACAAAGGACCCGCAGCCCAUCAAUGUCUGCAUUGCUCUCACCCUUCUGCUCGGCGAGCUCGCCGCGCCUCCAUGGAGCGGUCUUUUCUUCACAUUCUCGGACGAUCCCGCCGCAGUCUACGUCGAUCCAUCCCUCCCCCUCAAGGAUCGUGCCUCUACUCUCAGCCGGGCCAAUUGGGGAUGUACGACCAACUUCUACAAAGUCUUCGACCUCAUCCUCACAACCGCGAAAACCCAGCAUCUUGCGCCGGUGGAUAUGGUCAAGAAGCUGUUCAUCUUCUCGGACAUGCAGUUCAGCGCGUGCACCGAGCGGAAGGACGGCGAGACGGAGUACGCCGCUAUCAAGCGCAAGUAUAUCGAUGCCGGCUACACCGUCCCCGAGCUCAUCUUCUGGAACCUCGCUCCACGUGUCACGGGCGCGCCAAAGCCAGUGCAGGCGGACCAGGAGGGGGUGUCGCUUCUCUCGGGGUAUUCGGGGAGUAUGAUGAAGUACUUCCUGGGCGAGGCGGCAAGGGAGGAGGAUGAGGAGCUCGCCAAAGAGAUGGACAAGGAUUGGGAGGCGGUAGACGUCGAGGAUGAGGAUGAGGAGAUGACCGGAGGGGGGGAAGCGGUGGAGGACGAUGCGGCCGAGUUGGCGAAGAAGGGGAAGGGAAUGCCGAAGAAGAAGGACGACCCGCUCACUACGGUGAGGAAGAUUCUGGCGGCUGAGUCUUACAAGGGUGUUGUAGUGGUCGAUUAG